AUGGCCAGCAUCUCGAAAAAGGUGGCGAAUUGGCUUUAUUCGGUUCUUCAGCCCCAAUAUCUCCACAAAGAAUUGGCAUUCAACGAUAUUUACAGGUUUCUUUCCGUGUACUUGAGUCAAGGUUUCAAGAUCAGAACUGCCGUAUAUACUUCUCAGCAAGGCAACUCCAACCUCCUUGUAAAUUUAUAUGGAUCAUUAAAUUGCAAGAAUAUUGAGGUUCCUUUGAAUAUUUGGGUGCCGCUAAAUUAUCCGUUUGCUGACAAUUCAGUGGCAGAACCCAAUGGUGUCCCAAUAGUUUACGUGGUUGCUACUCCAGACAUGUUGAUCCGGCCAGGAAACAACGUCGACUUGCAGGGCCGCUUUUACCAUCCUUAUCUCUCGCUGUGGCACCUGGAACUUCUUCCUGGCAGCUCUAAUGCCGAGUAUAAUUUGUUGAACUUGAUGAGUUGUUUAAUCACAACAUUCAACAAGGAUUCUCCAUUGCAACAUCCUCCAGUGACUUCGGGCCCAGAGCUUCCGCCCAAACCAGCAGCAUUGUCACCUAAUAAUACAGGAUUUCUUCGGCGGGAGACUAAUGGGCCGCCACUCCCUCAAAAACCGGGAUCGACAGCCAAUGAUGGAGUGCCUUUGAAGUACAGAUCUCCACUUCCACUUCCAUCACAAAACACCGGAAAUAGCGACUAUGCCAAUCGCCGAGUGGAGAAUAUUGUUCCUGGAUUCACGCCCACACAGCAGUCGCCAUAUCGUUCAGACACUCAAUUGAUACGUUCAGAAAGUCAGAUCCAAAUGGGCCAUACGGGCCAAAAUAGACUAGGUCAGACUCGGCCGGAGUACCAACUGCCUCCACACUCACUUACAACGUCGCCACCGCAUUCGUUUGUCAACUAUUCAUCUGUUUCUCCUGGCCGUGGAAGACCAAGUGAUGUUAAAACACCAACCCCAACACCAAGGGUAGGAGUAUCGGAAAUAGAAGAUCUCAUGGAUAAAGUCACAUUGGACGACGGCGCUAGCACCAUCCCUAGGGAGAUACUUGAGCAGAUUUCAGCGCAUAUCAACAGCUUUCUUUCGCUGGAGACUCCAGACAACGCCAACAGCAUAAUUGGCAAGAUUAACGAGAAUUCCCACCGCAUACAAGCUCUCUACUCGCAGCUUGAACAUCAUAAUAAGCAAGCAGCAGCUAAUAAGGAGAACCUUGAUAAGCACAUCAAGUACCUUCAGGGACAGGUAUCGGGAAUUCAAAAACUCAAUAGUGAGUUGGCUGCCUUGGACAAAAUGAACACCUCCAGCGUCGAUGAAAUCUACACCCUGACUACAGGACAAAAAUUGAAUCUAGAGGAUAUCAUCACUCCAGAUCUGAAGCUCGUACACCAAUUGUAUGAUGUCACAGCAGAUAUCAAGGCAUGUAAGGAUACAUUGAAGCUAUUGGGCAGUGGGCUUAAAGGUGAGGAGGAGAUGAUCAAUGAUGGAAAUUUGGACACAUGUGUGAAAGCUGCACGAGGGCUCGGACGAGAAUUAUUCUGGCUCGAGGUUACCAAGCAACAGAUCGCAAAGACCAUGGGGCUAUCUACAUAG